AUGUCUAGACCGAACGCCUCAACCCAGAAGUCCUUUAUUACUCAGGCACUGAAAGCCGAGCGGGAUGUAUCGUCUGCCACUUCUCAAAGGCAAGCUUUAGAAGCUGCCAUUGAUGCUGCUGAGCACUAUAUGAAAGCAUUGAAAUUGGCAUCUGUUCAGAAAGACAAACAUGCAUUGGAUGCAAAAUGUAAAGAAUGGCUCACAAGAGCAGAAAAGAUCAAAGAAUCCAAGGACUGGCAAGCUGCCGCCCGCCUCCAUGACCGAACCGUCCCAGAGCCACGGUUGCCCGUAUCUACUCGUAAGCUCACCACUCGGGAGGAGAUUAUUCUUCUAGAGGGAGCCAAGUUGAAUGGCUUCAUAUUCCCUCCAUGGUCCAGCCCCCCAGGCUCUGACGAAUUCAAACGGGAGGAUGGUGAAUCUCCGUUUACCGAUAAACCCGAUCUUCAUCUUUCUUAUCCUCAGAGGAAAGUUUUUGAUGGCUGGAAACGACCUGUUGAGCUGCUCUCGAAAUAUACGGAAGAUGUGUACACCGGACUGGCUCCUGUGAUGUCUGUUCCAGGGAAGACAGAUCUAGUCCAGGAUAUGCUAACGGACUGUUCUGUCGUUGCUAGCCUUUGUGCUACUACAUCAAUGUUGGAACGCGGCCAGUGUGUUCAUUUUCUUCCAGUGAUAUACCCUAGUCGGGGGAGCCCUCAGCCUUCACCGUCAGGCAAGUAUAUAUUUCGCUUUUAUUUCAAUGGGUGCUUUCGAAAAGUCGUCAUUGACGACCGUUUGCCAUCGUCUAAAACAUCAAGAUCACUCCACGUGAUCGACCGGAAAAAUCCCAGUUUCCUAUGGCCCGCGCUAGUAGAGAAGGCAUACCUGAAAUUGCGCGGAGGCUAUGAUUUUCCUGGAAGCAAUUCCGGGACAGAUCUCUGGGUACUGACAGGUUGGAUCCCCGAGCAAGUUUUUCUCCAUAAUGACGAUGUGACUGGCGACCAGCUCUGGAAGCGAAUUUACAGAUCGUUUCACCAAGGAGAUGUUCUCUUGACUAUAGGUACCGGUGAACUCACCGAGAGGGAACAGAUAGAACUGGGUCUCGUGAGUGAGCAUGACUAUGCCAUACUAGAUAUGAAGGAAUCUAAGGGGCGCCGUCAAUUGCUCGUGAAAAACCCUUGGGCUGGAGCAGAUGCUGCUCCCGGAGACAAUGAAAGCCUCUCUGCAUCCCAGGAUUUACCCAGUAACCCGCCUUCAUUUGAGCCGGGUACUUUCUGGAUGGAUUGCGAAAAGCUGCUUCAACAUUUUGAAAACCUCUAUCUGAAUUGGAACCCUGAGAUUUUCAAAUACCGCGAAGACGUCCACUUUACGUGGGAUCUCAACAACGGGAGAGGCGUGGCCGGUUGCUUUGUGAAUAACCCGCAAUUUGCAGUAUCAACCGAGAGUGGUGGGAUUGUUUGGUUGCUGCUAGGCAAGCAUUUCAGAACAACUGGGCAGCCAGAACGACCCCUUGAUGAAUACCAAGCAAAUGAGGAGUCGGCCUUUAUAAGCAUAUAUGUCUUUAACGCAGAUGGCAAACGGGUCUCUUUAAGUGACGGGGCUCUACAUCGUGGCCCCUAUGUGGAUUCUCCUAAUACGCUUAUGAGGUUAGAGAUGCCCCCCAGAACAACUUAUACCGUCGUGGUCUCCGAGCAAUCACUGCCAUCGUUGAAUCAAAACUUUACUUUGUCUGCCUUGUCUACCUCCCCUGUACGGAUGGCAAAAGCCCAAGACAAAUAUAUGUGCAUGAGCAAGAUUCAAGGUUCUUGGACGCCUUCAACGGCAGGUGGGAAUGCCGAAUCUUCCCGAUAUCCGCUCAAUCCUCAGUUUAGGCUGGAGAUAGAAAAUGCCACAGAUAUUUCACUCCUACUGGAAUGCCCGGACACUGAACUUGCGACCCACGUUAAAUUAUUCUGGUCUAAUGGAAGUCGUGUGUCGCGAGUACGCAGCCGCGACAUUAUCGCUGAUAGUGGUGACUAUCGCCGCGGUGGUUCCCUUGUGGAAAAGAAGGCCCUGGAACCGGGAUCAUAUACGAUCGUCUGUUCCACAUUCGCGCCGGAUCAACUUGGCCGAUUCACGCUCUGGAUAUCUUCAUUAGUUCCUUGCAAGGCGAGCCCGCUUCCACCGGAGGCAGCAGGACGACGAAGAGUCAUUUCAGAUAUUGGCAUACUGCCCCCAGGGAGAGACCGAAUGCUGGCUUCUCUGCAAGUGCCGCGGCUUACGAGGAUCAAGCUCAUUACCCGAAGUAGGCAAUCCGUCAUCGGGAGCCAUCCUGUUGGGCCUUCACCCGUGUUAAUGACAGUGGAGCUCGGGCAAGGACCAUAUAAACAAAUUCUGGCGACUUCGGAAGAUGGAACCCACAGUGACGCCAUAUCGGGGGUACGUGUUGAGGACUUUGACUUGCAGCCAGGGCUAGAGGAGAGCGGUGGCAUAUGGAUUGUCAUUGAGAGGAUUGGAGGUCCUGGAGGGCAGGUCGAGGACCACUUUGAGGUGGAAGCGCUGGCUGAAGAGAGGGUUGAGAUUGGGGAGUGGAUACUAGAAGAUGCCUGA